AUGCCUUCUUUCAACCGUUUCUCGUCUGGCGUCCUCCUCGCCGUCUUCUUGUCCUCGCUUGGCGCCGUCCAGGCCGACCCCGCGCUCACUCUCAGGAUUUUGGGUGCCAACAGUGUUGAAAAUGUCGACAAUUUCAACGUUACCGUCCAACUCAAGAACACGGGCACUGAGGCGUUGGAGCUGUACAAUGAACCCCGCGGGCUACUCAGCAAGGCCCCCACUGACUCGUUCAAAAUCCUCAAGGCCAAUGACGACAGUGCAGCCAGCUUUGACGGUGUUCUCGCCAAAUACAACUUUGCGAGUGCAACCUCGUUUACCAACCUCGGCGUUGGCGAGUCUGUCGACGUGACCCAUAACCUCGCCCAAGCCUAUUCGUUUGCAUCUGGAGGCGCGUACAACGUGGUGCCCUCGAACACGCGUUUCUUUUACAAGGGAGAGGACGGGCAGCCCGUGCCCAUUGACGCGACGGUGGAACGCACGCAUACUGCCAAGCUCAUUGGAUCCCUUGUCUCGCGGCAUGUUCAAAAACGCCAAGAGCACGCGGCUAAGUACAAGAAGCGAGCGCUGGAGGCUCAAGCACUCGGCAAGCGGGCCACUCAGUUUGCCAAUUGCACGCCCGAUCAGGAGCAGGCCAUCCAGGAGUCGGUCUAUGUCGCGAGCUUGUACGUUGCUCAGGCCGAAAAGUAUCUGACACUCAAUACCGAGACGACCGAUCGAUAUGGCACUUGGUUCGGAGAGUAUAGUGCCGACAAUCACCAAACAGCACUCUCGCACUUUGCGGCCAUUCGCAAGUCGGACGUCAAGACGUAUACGUUUGACUGCGCGUGCGAGGAGAGCUCGGAUACAUAUGCCUACGUGUAUCCAUCCGAAUUUGGCCACAUCUAUCUCUGCAACCAGUACAUGCUCGCCGCAGUCUCAGGCACAGACUCCAAGGCGGGCACGAUUGUCCACGAGAGCACACACUUUACUGCCAAUGGCGGCACGCGCGAUCUCGCCUAUGGCCAGGUUCGUGCGCAGGCACUUGCAGCAGCGAAUGCGACUGCUGCGGUCAACAACGCCGACAGUCACGAGUACUUUGCGGAGAAUACGCCUUACCGGCCAUAA